AUGUGGAGAAUAUGCACAGAGAAAGAGCCCCUGGAGCUUCUGCCCCAGGAGGAGGUGGAGAGAGCCAUUUCUCAAGACAGCUACAUUACUUGGGACAGUGUCCACGUUGUGGCCCAUGCCUUAAAUGCUGCCUAUUCAUCUCAUUCCAAGAGGGUGUUGAUGGUGGAUGAGGAAGAGAGACUGGGGUAUCAGAGGCUGCAGCCCUGGCAGGAGAUCACCUUCCUCUCCUAUGAACAACCUUUGGGAAUUGUCCUGACCUCCUCUGCUCUGUUCUUGUGCUUAACAACUGGCUUUGUGUUAGGAAUCUUCUUUAAAUACCGGGAAACUCCACUCAUCAAGGCCAACAACCAGGAUCUCUCAUACAUUGUCCUGGUAUUCAUCAUGUUUUCCUUCCUGACCUCCUACCUCUUCAUUGGCCGGCCAAGGAAAGUGACUUGCCUUCUUCGACAAACAGCCUUCAGCAUCAUCUUCUCUAUUUCUGUUUCUUCUGUGUUGGCCAAAACCAUCAUGGUGGUGCUGGCCUUCCUGGCCACAAAACCAGGAAACAGGGUAAAGAGGUGGCUGGGGAAGAGCUUUGCAAACUCCAUUGUCAUUUCAUGUUCCAGUGUGCAAGUCAUCAUCUGCUCCCUAUGGCUGGGCAUCUCUCCACCCUUCCCAGAUGCUGACAUGCACUCACAGCCUGGACAAAUCCUGCUGCAAUGCAACGAAGGACCUGUGGCCUUGUUUUACACAGCCCUGGCCUACAUGGGCUUUCUGGCUGCCAUCUGCUUCAUGGUGGCUUUCCUGGCCAGGAAGCUUCCUGGGGCCUUCAAUGAAGCCAAGCUGAUCACCUUCAGCAUGCUGGUCUUCUGCAGUGUCUGGGUGUCCUUCAUGCCCUCCUACCUGAGCACCAAGGGCAAGUACAUGGUGGCCGUGCAGGUCUUCUCCAUCUUGGCCUCCAGUGCUGGGCUGCUGGGCUGCAUUUUUCUUCCCAAGUGCUACAUCAUUGUCCUGAGGCCUGAUCUGAAUACGAAGGAAAAUAUAAUGUUCAAAAUCAAGCAAGACUCAUGA